CUGGCAGGGGACUGUGGUACAGCAGCCCUGGCACUGAGCUUCUCCACGUGCCUGCAGGUGUGAAGGAGGACUCGUUCAAUGUGCUGGACCUGGCGGAGUACACCAAGAACCGGCCCUGGUGGCGCAAGGUCUUCGCCCCCAGCUCGGGGUCGAGUGCUGAGAAAUACAACGUGGCCACACAGCUGGUGAUUGGAGGGGUCACAGGAUGGUGCACUGGAUUCAUCUUCCAGAAAGUUGGAAAGCUGGCAGCAACAGCGGUGGGAGGUGGCUUUUUCCUGCUUCAGAUUGCAAACCAUACGGGAUACAUCAAAGUGGACUGGAAGCUGGUGGAACGGGAUGUGAACAAAGCCAAGCAGCAGCUGAAAUUUCACAGCAGUGGUAACAAAACGUCUACAGAAGUGAAAAGCAGAGUGGAUGAGGUGAUCAUAUUUCUGAAGAAGAAUGUUAUCCUGACUGGAGGGUUUGCUGGAGGAUUCUUACUUGGAAUGGCAUCCUAGAAACUGCGCUCAACUCUCCCUUCGUGCCCAGCUUUCCCUCCCCUCCUAAACUCUCAUUUAGAAGUGAAAGGAUGCUGCUGAUAGGCUCAGUUCCCUUUUGCUUACAGAUUCCAGCCCUUAUUUCUUAGAACGCUGCUUUUGACUUCCAACAUUUUCCUCUGUCUGGGCUGUUAGGGUGCUGGGAUUUAUCUGAAAGCUUAUGACUCCCAGUGUGUCAUUGUGAUUCCUUUCUCCACCAAAUAAGCCCAGUCCAAAAUUUUUGGAUGAGUUGCAGCCUCAUAAACAUGUA